AUGCGCUUGCCAUCCUCCGACAGCGUUGCGGUGCCGCUGUGGACGCUGCUGCAGGAGGACCAGAAGACGCCCGCGUCGCCGCUCGCCGCCGCCGCCGCCGCCACACCAGGCGGCGCCACGCCUGCUGCUGCCGCUGUCAAAGCAAGCGCAGGGCAGGAUGGCGGGGAUGGAGUAGAGGUCGGCGGGCCGGGCGAGUACCCGGCCGUGACGCCGUGCUGCGACAGCAGCCGCCCCGAUGUGUCGCCAGAGGAGGUGGUGGCGACGCGCAGCGGCGACGUGCUGCUGCCCCACACCAUCUUGAAGAGCGACCACUUCCCCGGCUGCCAGAACAUGAAGCUGACGCCGCUGAUCGACGGGGCACCCAACUUCCGCCAGGUGUCUGGGCUGCCUGUGUACGGCGUGGCCAUCCCCACCGUCAGCGGGCUGCGCCUGGUGCUGGAGCGGCUGGGCGCAGCGGGCGGGCGGCGCAAGGUGCUGUGGCACAACCAGCGGGAGGAGCCCGUCAUCUACAUCAACGGCAAGCCGUUUGUGGUGCGUGAGAGCGAGCGCCCCUUCAGCAACCUGGAGUACACGGGGAUCGACCGGGAGCGGGUGGAGGGCAUGGAGGCGCGGCUGAAGCAGGAUGUGCUGCAGGAGGCGGAGCAGUAUGGUCGCCAGGUGCUGGUGGCGCACGAGGACGACCAGUUCCAGGUGGUGGAGGAGUGGGAGCCGGUGACAGAGGCAGAUGUGCAGACGCCGCUGGAGGUGUACCAGGAGCUGAUAGCCGAUGGCUAUGACGUAGACUACCUGCGCGUGCCUGUCACCGACGAGAAGGCGCCCAAGCCCUCGGACUUCCAGCUGCUCAUACAGCGCUGCUGGGCCCCGCCGCCCGGCGCCGCGCUGGUGUUCAACUGCCAGAUGGGGCGCGGGCGCACCACCACCGGCAUGAUCAUCGCCUCGCUGCUGGCGCUGCGCCGCGCGCGGGCGGCCCUGGCGCUGCCGGAGCAGCCGCAGCAGGGGCUGCCCGACUGGUUUGUGGCCUCAGACCGCUACCCCAGCCCCAGCAAGGAGACGGAGCUCAAGGCGGGCAAGUUUGGGGUGAUACGCUCGCUGCUGCGCGCGCUGGACGGCGGGGCCGCCGCCAAGGCGGUUCUGGAUGCGGCCAUAGACGCCUGCUCCGCCAUGCAGAACCUGCGCGAGGCGAUCGCCUCCUACCGCGGCCGGAUGUUUUACGAGGCCAACGACGCGCGGCGCCAGUCGCUGCUGCAGGCUGCCGUCGUGUGCCUGGAGUACUUGGAGCGCUACUUCACCCUCAUCUGCUUCGCCUCCUACAUCUCGGGCGCCCACUUCCCCCCCGCCUCCCCCGCCUCCCUCACCUUUGGCGAGUGGCUGGGCGCGCGGCCCGAGCUGCGGUCCAUCCUGGAGCGCCUGCUGCGCUACAACCCGGCCGCGGCCCUGGGCCUGAACAACGCGGAGCAGGAGAGCCACGCGGCGCUGAUCAGCCAGCGCGGCGGCUCGGUGCUGGGCGCCUACGCAAUCCUCAAGGAGGACCACUUCAGGGGCUGCCAGUCCAGCCGCCUGGUGGCGUGCGUGCCGGGUGCCCCCAACUUCCGGGACGUGCCGGGGGUGCGCGUGUAUGGGGGCGCCAUCGCCACCGCCGACGGCAUCCGCCGCGUGCUGCUGCGGGUGGGCGCCGCGCCCGACGCGCCGCCAGCGCGCGCGGUGUGGCACCUGCAGCGCGAGGAGCCUGUGGUGUACAUCAACGGGCGGCCCUAUGUGCUGCGCGAGUCGGCUCGCCCCUUCAAGAACCUGCUGGAGUAUCACGGUAUCAUGGCGGACAGGCUGGAGCGCAUGGAGGCUCGGCUGAGGGACGACGUGCUGGCGGAGGCGCGCUCCCACGGCGGCCGCGUGCUGGUGACGCGUGAGGAGCAGGUGGCGGGCGGCGGCGGCGCGCCCCACGCCUCGGCCCGCCAGGUGGUGGACGUGUUUGAGCCGGUGGCGGGGCCCGAGGCGGUGCAGACGCCCAAGCAGGUGUAUGAGGAGCUGCAGGGGGAGGGGUACCGCGUCACGUACGUGCGCAUCCCGCUCACAGACGGCGCCUGCCCGCUGCCCCGAGACUUUGACACCUUCUACUCAGCCGCCGCCGCGGCGGGGCCCUCUGACGCGCUCAUCUACACCUGCCAGCUGGGCGGCGGGCGCACCACCACGGGCAUGGUGAUUGGGAGCCUGCUGCGCAUGCACCUCAACGGCGCGCGCAUCGGCGGGGAGGGAGGGCUGGCGGGGCCGCCCGCAGAGACGGCGGAGCAUCUGGAUGAGGAUGUGGGUGAGUGCGGGCGGGUGGGGCUGGGGUGGGGUGGGGUAGGGGCCCCUGAGCCUGGGCCUAGGGAGUGCGGGGACCCCGGCCUGGACCUGGAGGCCCGCCAGCUGCGGGACGGCGAGUACGUGGCGGUACGCCGCUUCACGCGCAUCCUGGAGCGCGGCCCCGACGCCAAGGCGACCGUGGACCGCGUGGUGGACGCCUGCGGCGUGCUGAUCAACCUGCGCACAGCCAUCAUCCGAUACCGCCAGCCCCGCUCCCUGGACCGCUUCUACAGGCCCGAGAUCCAGGCGCGGCACAACGCCUUCCAGCGCGGCUCCGCCUACCUGGAGCGCUACUGCAUGCUGCUGGCCUUCACAUCCUACCUGCAGGCGCGUGCACAGGGAGGGCGAGUGGAUCGCGGCGCGGCCCGACGUGUGCCAGGCCCGCGACUUCAUCCACCAGAACCCGGCCUCCGCGCUGGCGCCGCUGCCGCUGGUGCUGCCGCUCACGCCCGCGCCCAGCAUGCUGCCCACGCCGGUGCCGUCGGGCAGCGGCGGGUGCUGAUGAAGCGGCGGGGCAGCGUGGUGGGGCGGCGCUCCAUACUCAAGAGCUACAGCAUGGCCGCGCCGCUGCCGGGCAACGGCGGCAGCCAGCUGCUGGUGGAGGGUGUGUCUGACAUCAGGCACGUGGAAGGGCUGCCCGUGGCGGCGCUGGGCGACGCCACGGUGGAUGGGCUGCGCCGCCUGCUGGGCGCGGCGGGGGCCAAGCCGGGCGGGCCGCGCCACAUCGUCAUCACAGACCUCCGGGAGGAGCUGGUGCUGUACGUGCGUGGUACCGCCUACCUGCGCCGCGAGCUGGAGAUGCCGGCGGCGGCGCUGCACCACGCGGGCAUCCAGGCCGCCAAGCUGGAGGAUUUGGAGCGGCGGCUGCGAGCCGACAUGCUGUCGGAGGCCAGCGCCUGGGGAGGCAAGGUGCUGCUGCACCGGGAGGACAUCACUCGCACCACGCAGUACCAGCCCAUCUCCACGCAGGUGCAGGCCUUCUGGGAGACGACGGGGGAUGGCCUGUGCACCCCUCGCGAGGUGUUUGUGGCCAUAGCGGCAGAGGGCUACCAGAUCAGCUACCGGCGGGUGCCCAUGUCGCGGGAGCGCACCCCGCAGCCCGCAGACCUGGACCAGCUGACGGCGCAGAUGGGCAACCACCCGGCGGGCAAGGAGGUGGGCGGGCGCGGGGCCUGCCUGCGGGGCUGGCCACGCCUCCUGGCUCGCCGGCUGGGCUGGCGCGGGGCUGCUGGUCGUUGA